AUGGCACCAAGUUUGCGCUCUCUGUCUCGCCAAGAACGGUUUUGCAUUGACUCGAUGAACAACCUCAUUAGCCUAGUUAGUACAUACGAUGAGCAAAGGGACAAAGCCUUCCUCGAUGGAUGGAUGCAGCGGUUGGAAAAGGUGUUUGCGGAUUUCCAAUCCAUUCGCUUACAAUUGGAACUGCGUGAGGAUCAAGAAGAGUUUACGGAUGCAUCUGAAACCGUCUCGCUGAAUGAAGAUGCAAACAGGAAGGCUCGAGAUGACUUCGAGCGUAACUACAUGAAGGUGUAUGGGUUUAUCGUCUCCAAACUUCGUACCCCCGAACCCACUCCUUCUUCCUCGAAUGUCGUUGCGCACGCUGGCACACCAGCGGAUACCUCUUUUGCUCGGAUAAGGUUGCCCGAGGUAAGGCUUCCUACCUUCGAUGGCACUUUAACAAACUGGCUUACUUUUCGUGAUGCUUUCGUCAGCUUAAUAGAUUCGAAUCCCCAAUUGAAGCCCAUUGACAAAUUUUCAUACCUCGUUUCGUCGCUAUCCAAGGAAGCGAAGCGAGUGAUCGAAUCUAUCGAAAUUACUUCGGCCAACUACUCAGUAGCUUGGGGACUACUUGAGAAGAGGUUUGAUAACAAGAAACUUGUCGUGAAGACAUACAUCGAGUCUUUGCUAUCCAUAGAACCUAUGCGCAAGGAAUGCUAUGAAUCCUUGGCGCGCAUUAUCGAUGAUUUUGAGCGAAAUCUUAAGAUGAUAGAGAAGAUGGCGAUAGACACUCAAGGGUGGAGCGUUCUUCUAGCGCAUAUGCUUUGUGCGCGGUUAGACUGUGCUACACUAAAACAGUGGGAGCAGCAUCAUAAUUCGACGGAAGUGCCUGAAUACGAAGACGUCCUCAAAUUCCUGCGUGGGCACUGCUCAAUCCUGCAAUCGUUGUCGUCGUCGAAGCCUCGUAAUCCAGAUCCGCCUAAAUCAGAACCAGUCCGAUCCUCGAAAUCUAAACUGAGUCACGCAGUAACUACAAGCUCCUCUCCGAAAUCCUGUUCGUUCUGCAAGCAGUCGUCGCAUUCUCCAUUUCACUGCGAAGCUUUUCGCAAAAUGCCAACAUCCCAACGUUUUGAACUAGUUAAGAAAAAUUCGCUUUGCAUAAAUUGCUUCUCGCCUUCCCACCUCGUAAAGCAAUGUCCAUCCAGCUGCUGUCGAGUGUGCGGACAGAAGCACCACACAAUGUUGCACCAGAAUACCACACUUCGCUCGUCGGAUGGUGAUCCGAUCCCAAAGUCAACGCCAACGUUGUCUCCUGCUCCUCCUCCUCCAAAUCAGCCUCCGUCCACUCGAAGUACUACAGCUCAGCCUCAGUCCUCCUCGUCGCAGCCUCCUCCUCCGUCGUCGAACGCUCUUGCUCCGUCCACUAGUGGCCCGUCGACCAGCUACAUGCCAACGGCCCUCGUCGGAAGUGUUCGAACCGUUCCUUUGACUGUUUUGCUGCAAACUGCGGUGGUGAAGAUCGCUGAUGCCAACGGAUACGCCAUUUGGGCUCGUGCUUUGCUGGACCCAGCGUCGCAGAUCAACCUGAUGACUGUGGAGCUGUCGCAGAAACUGAAGCUUCGUCGUGUAAAAACCCACCAGGAAAUCGGCGGCGUUGGAAAUGCUACUGUCGUUUCAUCAUACGCUGUUGACGCAAGAAUCGAGUCACAUUGUUCCAGUUUCGUCGCAGAUUUCUCGUUUCAUGUACUGCCUGGAAUUACUCGGGAGCUACCGGCCAAGGCGUUGAAUACGCAAGAAUGGAACAUUCCCGCAAACAUCGUUCUGGCAGAUCCUACCUUCCAUCAACCUGGUCCCAUUGACAUGAUACUAGGGAUGGAAGUCUACUACGAGCUCGUCGAAGAAGGUCUGGUUCGUCUUGGACCCGAUCUACCCGUGCUGCAGAAAACGGUUCUCGGAUGGGUCGUAUCUGGCAAAGUUGGUUCAUCACCGUCCCCGAGAGUCAGCUAUGCCCACGUUUGCAGUAUCAGUUCCCUCGAAGACCAGUUGGCGCGCUUCUGCGAGCUUGAAUCGUGUCAAUCCAGCAGCAAUCUUUCCGUCGAAGAGACGCUUUGUGAAGCACACUUCUCUGCCACCACCGUUCGCGGCGAAACCGGACGUUUUGUAGUUCAACUUCCGAAAAGAUCAGCAGUCCUCUCAACCCUCGGCGAUUCUAAGGAAAUUGCCACCCGUCGUUUCCUCGCUUUGGAGCGACGCUUGAACGCCAAUCCGCAGCUGAAGCAGGCGUAUUCGCACUUCAUCGAGGAGUACCAUCGACUGGGUCAUAUGGAGGACGUAACCGAUUCGGAAGACCUGGAGACCAACACUCUUUCGUAUUAUCUGCCCCACCAUUGCGUCGUAAGACCUGAUAGUCUGACUACCAAGCUUCGGGUAGUAUUUGAUGCUUCGUGCGCCACUAGCACAGGAGUGUCCCUCAACGACGGACUGAUGGUGGGCCCAGUCGUCCAAGAUGACCUGGUGUCCAUCACCUUGCGGUUCCGGAUGUCCCGGUACGCGAUAGUGUCGGACAUAGAAAAAAUGUACCGGCAAAUUUUGGUCUUUUCGUCUGAUCGUUGCCUGCAGAAGAUCCUCUGGCGUAAUUCUCCGUCGGAACCGAUGCGCACCUACCAACUGUCAACCGUUACGUACGGAACUUCUUGUGCGCCUUAUCUCGCCACCAGAUGUCUGCAAGAACUCGCCAGAAUCGGAGAAACUACCCACCCACAAGCUGCUAAGGCAGUUUCCAAGGACUUCUAUAUGGAUGACCUUCUAACCGGCGUAACCGAAGUAGCUGAAGGACAGCAGCUCUGCAGUCAGCUGCUGGAUCUUCUUCAAUCAGCCGGACUCUGCCUUCGGAAGUGGUCAUCAAAUUGCCCUACACUUCUCGAACACCUUCCGUCCGAGCUACGCGACGAAAGAACAGUACUCGAUCUGGAAGCCUCCGCUCCGAUCAAAACGCUUGGAUUGAAAUGGCAGACAAGCACCGACGAAUUCCUCUUCGACGUUCCCGAUUGGAACUCGUCUCCGAUCAUCACCAAACGGAUCGCCCUCUCGGACGCAGCAAAGCUGUUCGAUCCGCUAGGACUCGUCGGGCCGGUAAUAGUCCAAGCCAAAAUCUAUCUGCAGGAUGUCUGGAGAAGUCAGAAGGGAUGGGACGAACCCCUGGACGACGAGUUGCAACAGCGAUGGCACGAAUUCCGGGAAAACCUUCUUGCUUUUCGGAAUCUCUCUGUUCCUCGAUGGGUCGCGCCUGUCGUCAACCCAGCAUCGACUCAAAUUCACGGAUUCUGCGAUGCCUCGUUGAAGGCCUACGGGGCCUGUCUCUACAUACGCGUUACAGCCGACGACGGGACGAUCAGCGUGAACCUCCUUACCGCAAAAUCGAAAGUGGCUCCUCUGGCGGAUUCUCGGAAGCAGAAACGAGUCUGCUUACCUCGUCUGGAACUCUCGGCGGCGUUGCUGCUCGCCCAUCUGUUUCAAAAGGUACAAACCGCCAUCAAUCUCGAAGCUCAAACGUUCUUUUGGUCAGAUUCCACCAUCGUCCUCCAUUGGCUAUCCGCUACUCCAUCUCGGUGGAAAACCUUCGUGGCCAACCGGGUUUCGGAGGUCCAACACGCAACCGUUGGUGGACUGUGGGCUCAUGUUCCUGGCUGUGAAAAUCCAGCGGACAUCAUUUCUCGGGGAAUGGACCCCGAACAACUGAAGACCACUAACUCGUGGUGGCACGGUCCGGACUGGUUGUCAAAAUCAUCACGCUUCUGGCCUGCUUUUGUCCACACAUCCAAUGAAGACUUCCCCCCGGAGAACCUCGAAGAACGACAAGUUGCUCUCGCAGUCCAUACCAUUCCACCGAAUCCAAUCUUUUCUCUGCGGUCAUCGUACGUUGCGCUACUUCGAGUAGUUGCAUGGAUUCGAAGAUUCCAAUUCAAUUCGAAUCCCACAAACCGCGGACAACGUCGCUCUGGAUGUUUGACCACUGUUGAAAUGCACGAAGCCCUCCGAUGCCUUGUCGGAAUCGCACAGCGAGAAGCAUUCCGAGAAGAAUUCGCUUCUUUAGCCACAUCCGGACAGGUCAAGCCAUCAUCGAAACUCAAGUCCCUCAGACCAUUUGUUGAUCAGGGUGUCUUGCGAGUCGGUGGCCGGCUCCGUAACGCUGCUGUCCCUGAGAACCGGAAACAUCCAUUCGUUUUGCCAUCCAAACACCCAUUCACCGAACUGGUCGCUCGGUAUUACCACCAGAAGCUGUUGCAUGCAGGACCCCAGCUGCUCAUCUCAAGUCUCCGGGAGAAGUUCUGGCCGUUACGCGCCCGAAACCUGGCGAGACGAAUCGUACAUUCGUGCAUAAACUGUUUCCGUUGCCGCCCUCGUGCUACGGAACAAGUCAUGGGCGACCUUCCCGCCGAACGUGUCUCUCCAACGCUGCCGUUCUUGUGCACCGGCGUAGAUCUUUGUGGUCCUGUGUACUACCGACUUCCCGACCGCAAAUCCAAACCAGUGAAGGCAUACGUAGCACUUUUUGUGUGCCUUUCGAUAAAAGCAGUGCACAUAGAACUGGUUGGAGACCUUUCCACGAACUCGUUCCUUGCUGCCCUCCGCCGCUUUGUGGCCCGGCGAGGAAAACCCAAGCUCAUCGAGUGUGACAAUGCACAAAACUUUCGGGGUGCGGUCCGGGAAUUGUCCGAAUUGUCGAAACAGUUCCGAAGUCAACAGAUGCAAAACACCGUUACUCGCUCCUGUGCCGAAGACGGCAUAGAAUUCAAAUUCAUUCCCCCUCGCUCUCCGAAUUUCGGGGGUCUGUGGGAGGCGGGGAUCAAAUCAAUGAAGACCCACCUCAAAGCCACCCUCGGAAACACCAUACUAACGGCCGAACAACUCACCACGCUUCUGGCCCAGAUCGAGAGUUGUAUGAAUUCUCGACCUCUCACACAACUGUCAGCGGAACCAGAUGACCUCGAUGUCCUUACACCUGGGCAUUUUUUGAUUCACCGUCCGCUAACAGCCAUUGCGGAACCUUCGUUGGAAGAUGUACCUCCAAACCGACUCGACAAGUGGCAGGAAGUUCAAGAGUUCCUUCGCCGGCUCUGGAAGCGCUGGACCUCGGAAUAUCUGUCCGGGUUACAGCCAAGAACCAAAUGGACCCGCGAGAAGGACAACAUCGUCAUCGGAACCCUGGUUCUGGUGAAAGACGACGGACUGCCACCCCUCAAAUGGCGCUACGGCAGGGUGACCCACAUCUUCAGGGGAGAUGACGGAAACAUCCGCGUCGUCGUAGUGAAGACCAAGGACGGAGAGUACCGGCACGCAAUUUCAAAAAUCUGCGUGCUGCCGAUUGACCAGCCAUCACCGCUCGUAGACCGCGAGCCCAAUGAUGACCAUUGA